ACAGUGCUCCUACUAAAAAACCCUCUCUCUCUUUCUAUAUAUAUAUAUAUAUAUAUAUAUAUAUAAAUAUAUACCUAUCUUUCUCUCCGUAGUCUCUACAUACACAUCUGAUCCGUCAAUGGCGGACUACUCGGAGACGACGACCCACCAGCAGCAGCAGCACAAUGUGAUCUCAAAAGAGACGGCCCUUCAAGCACUGAACACCAUAAUCCAGCUCCACUUCGAGAAAACCCUAGAGAAGAAGCGGGCCGUGGACCUACAGAAGAAGGAGCUGUGGAAGCUGUUCCAGCUCUUCUUCCUCUUCCUGGGCCUGGUUUUCGCGGCCCAUGUCCAGUCCCCCCGCCUCCAGUGCCGCCACUGCUGGGUCCCCAUUGGGCUCCUCUCCCUUGCCCACCUCAUCUUCUACGUUUCGGUGGCCCAGACCCUCAGGUGCAUCAAUGGGUUCAAGUACCAGAGGAGGUGUCACAAGCUCACCCUUGGAUUGGCCACGGAGAGGUUGAGGCAGAUCAAGAUGAGACUCGGCGGCGGCGGUGGUGAUGGUGACGGUGGUGGUGUUUUGGGGGAGGAGUUUGAGAUACACUAUCAAGAGCCACCGGAGAGUUACUUUGGUAAGUUUAAGAGGAAUUGGGCUUUGCAUUUUGGGUUCUUGAUUUUGGUCUAUGGGUUCAUGGUCUCUUCCUCUGUUGUUCUUCUUUGUUUCUAGUACUGUUCAAUCCUUUUUGUAUCUUUUUGACUCAUUACAUUCAUAUUUUGGUUGAUUCAUUUUGGGAAUGUUUAGAUGGAAAUUUGUUUGUGUAUUUGUGGGCUUAUUUAUUUAUUGAUUUUUGGUUUUUUGA